GCGCAGAAGAAGAAGAAGCAGCAGCAGAAGAAGAAGAAGAAGAAGGGUCAUCAUCCGACACUUCCUCAUCACUGACAGCCGCUCAGGAUUUCAGCAUUCUUCCCCCUCACCUCCUCUGGCCUGACGGACCCACCAGCCCAUCACCAUGAACUACCUCCGCCGGCGCCUGUCAGACAGCAGCUUUGUGGCCAACCUCCCCAAUGGCUACAUGAUGGAUCUGCAGAGGCCGACCCCUCCAGGUUCAUCCACUUCCUCCCCCGCUUCCCCGGCAACAGAGAGGCGGCAGCCCCCGAGCAUCCCGACUCCGGCCCCCAAUCCAGCCUCGGGCCCGGGCUCGACUUCAGGAACGGGGAGCUUCCUCAGCUCCUUCUCCAGCGUUGUGAAGAGUGCUCAGAUGGCCCAGAAUGUCGCUGCCGCUGCACAUGCCAAAUCCGCAGCAACAGCAGCUGAGGGAGCCUCAACAGGAAGCAGUCAGCCACCGAAACCUGUCAUACGCAAGCCCAAGAUCCUGCUGGUCAUCGAUGAUCAGCACACAGACUGGGCGAAGUAUUUUCGAGGAAAGAAGCUAAACGGAGAGUACGAGAUUCGGGUGGAGCAGGCAGAGUUCUCAGAGAUUAACUUGGCCUCCUACGUCAACUCUGGAUGUAUGGUGGACAUGCAGGUCAACAAAGGUGGCACCAGAGUGGUCAGGUCCUUCAAACCAGACUUUGUCCUGAUUCGCCAGCACGCCUACAGCAUGAUCCCUGGUGAGGAUUUCAGGAACCUUGUGAUCGGCCUGCAUUUCGGCGGCGUCCCGAGCAGCAACUCUCUCUUCUCCAUCUACAACUUCUGCAGUAAACCUUGGGUGUUUUCUCAGAUGAUUAAGCUCUACCACUCCCUCGGUCCUGAGAAAUUUCCCCUGAAUGAACAAACCUUCUAUCCCAACCACAUGCAAAUGGUUUCAACCCCGACAUACCCUGUGGUGGUCAAGAUGGGACACGCCCACGCUGGCAUGGGAAAGAUCAAAGUGGAAAACCAACAGGACUUCCAGGACAUCACCAGCGUGGUGGCUCUGGCUGGGACCUACGCCACCACCGAGCCAUACGUCCAGUCCAAGUACGACAUCCGCAUCCAGAAGAUCGGCAACAACUACAAGGCUUACAUGAGGACGUCUAUCUCUGGGAACUGGAAGGCUAACACAGGCUCUGCCAUGUUGGAACAGAUUGCAAUGACAGACAGAUAUCGGCUGUGGGUGGACUCCUGUGCUGAGAUGUUUGGCGGCCUAGACAUCUGUGCAGUGAAGGCCGUCCACGGAAAAGAUGGCAACGACUAUAUCAUCGAGGUGAUGGACAGCUCCAUGCCUCUGAUUGGUGAGCACGUGGAGGAAGAUAAACAGCUGAUCACAGAGCUCGUCAUCAACAAGAUGGCCCAGGUGCUGCUGGGAGUUACCACACCUCAGCCUUCCACUGUCAAGACCGCGCAGCCCAGACGAGGGGGACACCGUUCUGCUUCCGCCUCUCCUUCCCAGUCGGCACACGGUUCACCCCAGCGAGCCCGAUCCGCCACCACCUCACCCAGCCAGGCCUUCCAACCUGGACCCAUCCCUGCCACCUCCGGGCCUGGAGCCCAGAAACAGUCACCGCAGCUCAACAAAUCCCAGUCGCUGACCAACACCUUCACAGAGACGUUACGAGGAAGCCUGACCGACGAUGAGGCCAAAGCUGAGACCAUCCGCAGCCUGCGACAGUCCUUCGCCAGCCUCUUCUCCGACUAAAAGCCUCGCCAGAAGCUUCCUACGUCUGUCAGUUGUCAGGUUUGGAAAAAAAAAAGAAAAAAACCUGACUGGUUAAUCUGUUCUGGAGUCUCUCUCCUCCUCAGAGCCUCAGCUUCCUGUUCCUUCUCUUUCCUUCUCACUGUAUGUGAACACCUGGUGCAACCCGCUGUCCUUAGAUCAAUGAUUCAUCUAUCACUAGAAAGGCCAAGACCAGAUUUUAGGGUGUUAGGAUGAAGGCCAAGGUGUAGAGGUGAAGAUGUCAAACUAUGAAAGCUGACAUAUUUGCCUUCCUUACAGGAGAUUUUGAAGAGGUGUCAGCGCAGAUGCAGAAUCAAACCAAAUCCCGUUCAGAUUUUUACAACUUUUAAUCAACUUGAUGAUUAUGCUGUUUCCUUUGCCAGUUAAGAACAGAUGUAGAAAUAGGUCUAUAUAAGCAUUGAUUUAGCUGUUUUCGGCAAUCUUUACCCUUCUUAUACCCAUAAUCCUUUAUGUUUUUAAAGAACAGCACUGCAGUGAUCAUGUCAGAGGACAGGGUCAUUUUCAGGCAUCUCAAUGCUGCAAUUUUAUUUGGUUAAAGUUGAAUAAGAUUGAAAAGCAUCAAUAAAAACCUAAACGCCCCACAGAAUUUUGGACAGUAGUCGGCUGAUGGCAGCUUGGCCUUUCUAGUGGUAAAUAAUGACAGUAAAUAAUCAUAAUCUAUCUCGUACUGCUCGGUAUAUAGUCGUUAUUCUGCAUUCGUUUGUCCAGCCAGUGAAACUGUUCAUUAUUGGGUCAUGUCCGGUUCGUUUAUAUAUACAUCUAUUUAUGAAAUUAGAUUUAUUUUAAUCACUUUAUUUGACUCGCAGCUUCCGAACUGUUUGCAGACGUCUACAGCAAUAUGUGUACCUAAAUCUGUUCCUCAUGAGAAAUGUACUGAAUCCUCACGGUUCACCAGCGAUUUUAAACAUCUUGCCAGCAGCUGCAUUUCUCAGACGUCCAUGUGCUGUAGACACAUAUUGGCUUACGUCCUCUACCUAACAUUACCAAAGUGCUUUUUACUAAAAACAUGAAAAAUAAUCCCCCCUGCACUGGGUCACGAAAACAGUCACACAGCGAUCAAACCUUUGAGCUUGUGAUUUCAGCAAGGUGCAAAUGCUGUACUGGCUUAGAGCCGUCGUCUUCCAUCACAGCCCGGAUCUUCCCCUGCAGGUCUUUCUUUUUUUUUUUUUUAAUGUUUUGUGCUUUGUGAAUAGCACUAUAUAGUAUUUUCUGUGGGGGAUCUGUAUCAUAACUACGACCGCUGUGUGUUUUAAGGCGAACAGUGAGGAU